AUGGCCAUUUCCAGCACCUCCCCAGCACCUGAUACUGGCUCAGACGCGUUUUUGGCUGCAUCACGUGACGCAGAGCUCCCUGUCACACCAGGUCACAUCACCAUUGCUUCCUCAGCACCUGAUGCUGGCUCGGGCCCAUUAUCACGUGACACUCUGGUCAUGCUGGGUCAUGUCACGAGGCAGGAGCCCAGACCUACUGUUGACUGGAAUGCCAGGCUUCUGCAGGGCUUUGAUGCAAGUUUUGCGGCCCACCUGCAGUGA